CGCGGCGCAGGGCGAGCGGAGCGGCGGGAGCGCAGGCGAGGCCCCGAUGGAGCGGUACAAAGCCUUGGAUCAGCUGCUGACAGAGCUGGAUGACUUCCUCAGGAUUCUGGACCAGGAGAACCUGAGCAGCACAGCGGUGGUGAAGAAGAGUGGCCUGGCAGAGCUCCUCCGGCUCUACACCAAGAGCAGCAGUUCUGAUGAGGAGUACAUUUACAUGAACAAAGUCACAAUCAACAAGCAACAGAACACCGAGUGUCAGGACAGAGUGUCCGAGGAGCAGGGUCCACUGACCAAUGGGGAGCCCGUUCAGCCCUCCUCGGCCCCUCAGAAGAGUCUUCCAGACCUUCCACCGCCCAAGAUGAUUCCAGAACGGAAACAGCUCAGUGUCUCAAGGAUUGAGUCUUCGGAGGGUUACUAUGAAGAGGCUGAGCCAUAUGAUACGUCUGUCAAUGGUCACUCUGGCGGAUUGCUCCCUGCUGGUGUCCCUAGUUGGGUGCAGGUGCCCGAAGGAGUCAUUUAUGCCACGAUCACCUUGGAGGAUGGAGAGGCUGUGAGCAGCUCUUAUGAAUCCUACGAUGAGGAGGAGAGCAGCAAGGGCAAGUCAGCCCCCUACCAGUGGCCCUCCCCAGAGGCCAGCAUCGAGCUGAUGCGGGACGCCCGCAUCUGUGCUUUCCUGUGGCGCAAGAAGUGGCUGGGCCAGUGGGCCAAGCAGCUGUGUGUGAUCAGGGACACCCGGCUCCUGUGCUACAAAUCGUCCAAGGACCACAGCCCUCAGCUGGAUGUGAACUUGUUGGGCAGCAGUGUUGUCCACAAGGAGAAGCAAGUACGGAAGCAGGAGCACAAGCUGAAGAUCAUGCCCAUGAACGCGGAUGUGAUCGUGCUGGGCCUGCAGAGCAGGGACCAAGCCGAGCAGUGGCUCCGGGUCAUCCAGGAGGUGAGCGGUCUGGCAUCUGAGGGAACAUCUGAGGGGAACCAGUACACGCCAGAGGCCCAGCGCCCGAACUGUCAGAAGCCAGAUAUAGCUGAGAAGUACCUGUCAGCCUCGGAGUACGGGAGCUCCAUGGAUGGCCACCCUGAGGUCUCAGAGAUCAAAGACGGUAAUACCGUCAAGAAGAAGUGUUCUGCUGGCCUCAAGCUGAGCAACCUGAUGAACCUGGGCAGGAAGAAAUCCACCUCGCUGGAGCCCCCGGAGAGGCCCCUUGAGACCUCCAGUUACCUGAACGUGCUGGUGAACAGCCAGUGGAAGUCCCGCUGGUGCUCCGUCAGGGACAGUCACCUACAUUUCUACCAGGACCGGAACCGGAGCAAGGCGGCCCAGCAGCCCCUCAGCCUGGUAGGCUGUGAAGUGGUCCCAGACCCAAGCCCUGACCACCUCUACUCCUUCCGCAUCCUCCACAACGGGGAGGAGCUGGCCAAGCUCGAGGCCAAGUCCUCGGAAGAGAUGGGCCACUGGCUAGGCCUCCUGCUGUCUGAGUCCGGCUCCAAGACAGACCCAGAGGAGUUCACCUACGACUACGUAGAUGCUGAGCGGGUUUCCUGUAUUGUUAAUGCGGCCAAAAACUCCUUCUUGCUCAUGCAGAGAAAGUUCUCAGAGCCCAACACUUACAUCGAUGGCCUGCCCACCCAGGCCCGCCAGGAAGAGCUCUAUGACGACGUGGAGAUGUCAGAGCUGACCCUGGCGGUGGAACCUGCCGAGGAAGCCACCCCCUCCGUGGAUGCACUUAGUGAGAACGAGCCUGACAGACUGUACCUGGACCUCACGCCACUCAAGCCCUCCAUGCACGGCCCCGGCCCUGGCCCCGGCAGUGUGCAGGCCCGGGGCUCUUCCCCCGUGUCACCGCAGCUGGAUGACAUGGCCAACGUCCUCCCUGCAGACCCUGGCCAAGCCCCAGAGGAGCUCCGCACAACAUCUGCAGAAAGCCAAGAGGAGCAGAGGCAGCUGGCAAGCCAGGAGCCGGAGGAGCCUGCCCUGAGAAUCGCCACUGUCAAGCUGCAGGCUGAGCAGCAGAGAAUCUCUUUCCCAUCCAACUGCCCUGACACCAUGGCGGCUGCCCCAGCCAGCAGCAGCCCACCUGUGAAGGACAGGCUGCGGGUGACCAGUGCAGAGAUCAAACUUGGCAAGAAUCGGACAGAGGCCGAGGUGAAGCGGUACACAGAGGAGAAGGAAAGACUUGAGAAGAUGAAGGAAGAGAUCCGAGGCCACCUGGCUCAGCUCCGGAAAGAGAAGCGGGAGCUGAAAGAGACCCUGUUAAAAUGCAUAGACAAGGGCAUCUUGGCCAUCCUGGAGCAGAAGCUGAAGGAAAUUGAUGAGGAAUGCCGGAUCAAGGAGAGCAGGCGUGUGGACCUUGAGCUCAACAUCAUGGAGGUGAAGGACAACUUGAAGAAGGCUGAGGCUGGACCUGUGACACUGGGCACCACAGUAGACACUACACACCUGGACAACAUGAGCCCCCGACCUAAAGCCACCGCCCCCACCCAAGACUGCACCCCAGUCAACUCUGCCACUGCGCUCAAGAAUAGGCCUCUUUCCGUCAUGGUCACAGGCAAAGGCACUGUCCUCCAGAAAGCCAAGGAAUGGGAGAAGAAAGGAGCAAGUUAGAAACAUCUAAAGACUGUCAGUAUGGACUUUGGUGACAAUCCUGCUUCGGUAAAGUCUUCUUUAAAACAGCAACUCUGAGGAAGGGUGAGUCUGUUUCAAAGAAAAAGCAAGGACUGGGGUAUUCUGAAUGGAGAGCUUUGGCCAUGAGGAGGCUGUGUUCUUUUUCUGAGCCAGAGGGAACACUACAGCCACCACAAAAAAAGGCUUCUCUGGAGACCUAAGUCUACUGGACAUUGUAUUUAGGGAUGUUCUGUUUCUUUUUUGAAGUUUUCAUCAAUUGCUUUAUCAAAAUUUUUUAGUAGUAAAAAGCUUCUGAUGUUUAGACUUUGGUGGAAGACAGUACAAGGGCCCUUCGGCUUUGAUGACUGAGAAGAACUGAACUCCUGUCAUCUCUUAUCCAAUACCUAGCAGUAUCAGGGAUUAAACCAUCCUUGCCUUCUGGUUUGUUUUCACCAAUCCAUAUUAGACCCAACUGUAUCUUUGAUGAUUUUGAAGAGCAGUGGCAGCACCUGUGUAAAACCACCUGCAACCUGUUGUGUUUUUUAAAGAAACAGUAGCAGGAGAAAUAUUUGGGACCAAGCAGAGACACUGAUCCAAAUAAUGUGUUUUCUUCCCACUCCAAGGCAGGCCUCAGUGAACUGCCUUUAAAUAAAAUGGUAAGUGAUGCUAUAUUAUGUAGACAAAACUUAUUUAAUUGUCUCGUGGUCAGGCCAUUUUUAAGGGAAGUUAUUUAAUACAAUGCUCUCAUAGUUCAUGUUGUGAAGUUUCUAAUUUCCAGCCCCUCUGCAGGAAAAAAGUCAUGAAUUUUGGUGAGGGUGGCCUCCCUCUUCUCUGGCAGUGUUAUUCUGUGUGUUGUCCUGUCUCUCGUUGCAAUGGCAUUCUUUGUUAAUACAGGUUGAAACAUUUCAGGGGGGUUUGAAUCAGAGUUCUCAAACACUGGUUCCUGAGAGCUAAGUCUUUUUUAUUCAUAUUGUCUUUCUAAUUAAUCCCAGGGCAUUUAUUUCCUAUGUCAUAAAACACUUGGUGGUCUUUACCAAGUGGUUUGAUUUUUUUAAAAAAUAAAAUGUUCCUUGUAUUUGGA